AUGCACGACCAGGCAGACCACCGGGCACGCCUUGUGUCGAGCGUGGCUGCCACUGUCAUCUCAUUAGCAUGCGGAACAAACUACGUAUAUUCCGCAUGGGCGCCGCAGUUCGCCGACAAGCUCAAGCUGUCCGCCACCCAGUCCAACCUGAUCGGCCUCGCCGGGAACCUGGGCAUGUACUCCAUGGGCGUGCCCAUCGGCAUGUUCAUCGACUCGCGAGGCCCGCGUCCUGCAGUCAUUGCCGGCUCUAUAUUGCUGGCUCUGGGUUACUUCCCGCUGCGGCAGGCCUUUGUUAGAGGAUCCGGGUCCGUGGUCUUUUUGUGCCUCGUCUCGUAUCUGACCGGCCUCGGCGGCUGCAUGGCCUUUGCCGCGGCCGUCAAGACUUCGGCGCUCAACUGGCCGCACCACCGCGGCACGGCCACCGCCUUCCCGCUGGCCGCUUUUGGCCUCAGCGCCUUUUUCUUUGCGCUGUUUGGGUCGCUCAUCGUUCCCGGCGACACCAGCGCCUUCUUGUUGCUGCUGGCCAUUGGCACCUUUGUCCUCACCUUUGUGAGCUUCUUCUUCUUGCACGUGCUGCCACCCGCGACCGGCCACUCCCACUACCACGCUGUGGGGGCCACCGACGACGAUGCGCUCAGCGACUCGCAGCAGCUGCGCCGGACCAUUUCCGAGGAGGCGAAACUGGCCCGACGCGGCGGCGGUGGAGGGCGCGGGCGCUCCUAUCAACACACCGAAGAACCUGGUAGGUCACUAGACGAUGACGAUGAUGAUCAUGCCCACGGCAGCUACGGCGCAUAUGAAGACCAAGCAGACCGGGGCACAGAGGGUGCAGGGACGCGAGGACAAGACGAGGAUGAGGAUGUCCGGAAGGGCGUGGACGACAACGACGGCGACCUGUCCUCGCCGCAGGCACCGCGGUCGACGGCCAUGACGUACGCCUCCAUCAGCCACGAGAACGGCAGCUCGAGCAGUGCCUCGGCCUCGGCCUCGACCUCCGCUUCCACCUCCGCGUCCGCCUUCAACCCUUCUGCUGCCCCGCCUGCCGCGGAGGAUGCCGACCAAGAUCCGAUGGACGAGACGUCCUCCCUCGUGUCGAAAGCGUCAUCACUGCCCGGCGAAAUUCUGCUGCAGAACAGUGUUGAUAUGGACCAAUCCCACCGUGUAGACAUUCGAGGCUGGAAGCUGCUGCGCAACGUCGAGUUCUGGCAGUUCUUUGCCAUCAUGGGCAUUCUCGCUGGUAUCGGCCUGAUGACGAUCAAGUAG